UUUUCUUACAAAAGUUGGGGGUUCGAAGAGCAUAAAACGAUAAUAUGCCUUCGUUACCUCUCAGAUCGAUUUUGCUCCCAUUAAUCCCUUCCUUAACUCCUUUUCAUGCUGGUUUAAGUUCCCAUCGUUUGAAACAUCUUGAAAAGAGUGAUCGGCGUGGUAAUCUUAGUUAACGUUUCCCCCUCAAAAUCAUUAGCUCUCUUUUGACUCCUUUACUUUCUCUCCUUUUUUCCUCUCUGUUUUCUGUCUUCCCCUAGAGUCGUCCGUUUCUUUUGAGGCUAUUACCGUGCGACACGAAGGAAUCUAGUUUGCUCAGAAAGAAAAAAAAAACCCCUGGAGAUUUGGUUCGAUCUUGAACUGGGAUUGCUUUUUUCAGAGGUUUUAAGAUCUUGUAUUGAUUUCACUUACCGCAGCUUUCUUAAGAAAGUUGAAGCUAGGAUUUCUUGUAUUCCUUGGUAGUGGAAAUGGACAUAUUGGGUUCUGGAGAGGUAGAAAAUCUAAGUGACAUAAACCAUGCUACGGUCCGUACAUGUUUCAACGAUGUUAAUGAAUCUAACGAUACGAACACGAGUAAAGUGGAAGAGUUGCUCGAACAGAGGCAGAAAAGCAAACCUCCUUCAAAGUGUUUAGCUAAGUCUGCAUCAUUUCCUUCUGCUGUGUCUACCCCCGAUGAUGAUGAUGAUGAUGAUGAAAUUGUAACUGCAAUGCAGCGAAUGUUCUCUGAGGAUUCUGUGCAGUCGCUGUCGACCUACUCCCGCUCGAUUUCUUUGCCUACUCCCUUGAAGCUAGUAUCAGCCCUUAAAGGUAGCCGUGAGAAACAGGGAUUGCCGCCAAAGAAGCUUACCGUGAAAUGGGCACCAGAUGUGUAUGAUCCUCCGCCGACAUCAGUAUUGCACACAGUUAGAAGCAAAAAGCAGCAGAAAUCAAAGAAGAAAAAUGACAAGAAGAAAAAUGGGAAGAAAGGGCAGAAGGGCAACAACUCAGGACGAGGCAGUGGUGGUGGUAAAGACAACAAACAAAUACGCAGGGGUGGCGGGAGUUCUGUUAGGUGUUAUAAACCACCGCCAGAGGUUCAUCAGGACAGAUUAGCCAAUUCCUCUGUCAGCCUUGAGGGUUUCAAUGUCGGCAGUCCAGACCCUUAUUGUGGGAGUAGUUUUCUGAAAAAAUCACCAACCAGGAUGCACUACUCUGUUGCAGAGGCUCUCUGAGUAAAUCUCUCCUUUCAUAUCACGGACAAGAAAAGCUCUUCGCUUUUAUCGAUCCUUGUAGAUAAAUAAAGCUUUUUCGGCUUAUAUGGAUGUUGGAACAAUUUACUUAACUGCAAUUACGCAAUGGUUUUUUGA